AUGUCGUCCAUGCGCAAUGCCGUACAGAGGCGCAAUCACAAAGAGCGCGCCCAACCUCUCGAACGUCAGAAAUGGGGUCUUUUGGAAAAACACAAGGACUACACCCUCCGCGCAAAAGACCACAAUGAGAAAAAACGCCGCCUCAAAGUGCUCAAGGAAAAAGCAGCCCAACGUAACCCCGAUGAAUUCGCGUUCGGCAUGAUCAGCAGAACGACAAAGAAGGGUGUACAGCAAUCCACCAGAGCGAAGGAGAAUGGCUCGCAAACGCCCAUGAGCAUGGAUGUUGUGAAGCUCUUGAAGACGCAGGAUGCUGGUUAUCUACAAACUGUGUUGCAGCAGACGCGCCGUGCGAGGGAGAAGAUUGAAAAGCAGAGUGUGUUGAUGUCUACCGGUGUCGAUGCAUCGGGAUUGAGCAAGAGAAAGGUGUUUGAUGAGGAUGGCGAGGAGAUUGAGGAGGAUAACGCUCAGAUGCAGUUUGACAGCGACGACGACAUGGACUUGGACCUCGACGACCUGGCAGACUUGGGUGACCUUGAUGGUCUGGAUGAUCUGGACGGUAUGGAUGGAAACGGCAGUGGCAGCGAGGACGGCAAGAGCGAGGAAGAAGACACCAAGGGCCUCUCAAAAGAGCAGAUCAAGCAGCGACGGAAGAAGAGGCGUGCCCAGGAGGUGCUGCAGAACCAUCUCGAAGCGCUCAAGGAUCGCGAGCGUGACUUGUCUGCCGCUUUGACGCAACUCCAGGAUCAACGGGCACGCAUGAACAACACCGUCGGAGGCACCAACAAGGAGGGCGUCAAGUUCAAGGUCAGAGAGAGAAAGCGUUGA